UAAUAGUAAUUUAUUCAAUGGAUCUUUUACUCCACCCGCAAUACCCAUCAAUUCUAGCAUGAUUGCACCUACUUCCUUCCUUAACUCAUCCUUUCCAACAUUGACACAUUAUCUUCCGUUUGUAUUCUCGCCUAGCCACGCAAGUCAUACUCAUAGUAGCAAUAGUAGCAGUAAUUUUAUCACACCGACUUUAAUGACUGAUAGUUCUUUCACAACCGCAAUUGGGUUACCGUUACCAUACGCAUCAUCAUCAUCAAAUAAC